AUGGAGAUAUUUAGUAAUGAACGACAAGGCACCACAAACAGUUGUUAUGUUAUGACCUUGCACUCGAAAAAGGAACUGAAAGAGUCGCUUGUUCGUGACGCUUUACUACGUUUAGCGAAACGGCAACCAUUGCUUCGGGCUGUUAUUAAAAUUGUGUCAAAUUCCUCGUGGUUUGGGCAAAACAAUGAAAGCUAUUUCGAGAUAAUUGAACCGAGUAAAAUUGGAGACAUGAUUGACCUAACAACGUCUGAUGUCAACGCAUAUCAGUGGCAAAAAGCAUGGUACGAUACCGUUAUGGGCCAGAUAAAGACUGGCUUACUAUGGCGAACAGUUUUGUUCACAGAAGAGUAUCUUCCAGAUAGCGAGAACUACGUGAACACUAUAAUUUUCCGCGUAAAUCACUGUAUCAUUGACGGGGUAUCGGGGAUGAAUUUAUGCAAACAAUUUUUGAGCUACCUUAAUAGUGUUGCCGAAAACACACGAGUUCGCGGCGAAGAUGGUCCGAGUCAUGAGCUGCUGCCAAGUUUUUAUGCGAUAAUCAGUAACACUCGACCAAGGUCUUUCUGGAAGAAUUUGCAGGCAUAUGUAGGCUUGCAUUUCAUUUAUAAAUUCAUGAAAAGACUAAAGUUAUGCAUCUUAUUAGCCUCAAAAUCCGAAAAACCCUACCCAUUUUUUAUGACCCAACCCUCACUUGAAGUAUGUGACUUGGUAUACAAAGUGUUUUCUGAGACACACACAUCACAAAUUCGCAAAGUUUGUAGAUCCAAGGGCGUAACUGUGACAGGGGCCCUUAUGGCUGCAGCACAUAAAGCGUUUUGCCAGCUAAUUCGAAAUCAAGACUCAGUAAUUGCCAAGGAACAGGAGAAGUUGAUGCAUAUGUUUGCUCUCAGUGGUCUACGCUUCUGUGAGCCCAAACCCCCGGCUGAAUACUUAGGUAAUUUCUUAUUGUCUGAAAUGCUCCCUAUGUUUUGCAAUACGGACGAUUUUUGGUCGAUGGCUCAAGAAGCAACGAAGCAAAUUCACAUUAUAAUCAGAGAGGGGAAAAAUGUAUCUGCAUGUUUGGCUGGAUUUGAUAUUUUCACACCUAAAGAGCUUGCCGACGAAUUCCAGUCUCCCUUGGAUCCAAAGAAAAAAUUGUCACUAUUUAAUGUUCACAAUUACAUCUCAAGUGCUGGGGCAUUUACCUACGACGAUAGUACCUCCAUGUACAAAUUACAUGAAUGUCUUUAUUAUUCCGUUCCUUUUGGAUUUGCGAGUUUCGCUACUCAUUUUAAUACGACAGUCAAUGGUAAGAUGUCAUGGGUGAUAUUGUGCAGUAAAUUUGUUCCAGGCAAAAUUGAAGAACAAUUUGCAGCGCUUUGUUUCGACAUACUUCAGAAAGAAACGCGACAAGAAUGA